AUGUCGUGGAAAUUGACCAAGAAACUGAAAGAGACUCAUCUUGCUCCUUUGACCAGUGGAUUCAGUCGAUCAACAUCCACAUCGACCGUAAAGGCGGAAGACGCUUCACCUGCGCAUGAAUCACCUGAACUCUCCACCACUCAUAGCAAUUCGAGCACCACCUCGACAAAUGGAAUUGCGGCGUCCGAGGCUUUGACCUCUCCACCGGUACAAAACACUAAACCAGGGAUCUUGAUUGUCACACUCCACGAGGGAAGAGGCUUUUCUCUGCCACAACAAUAUCAGUCAGUAUUCAACAACUAUUAUGGCUCGGGAGGGUCGGGGUCGGUGAGACCCAGCUCAUCCUACGCUACGGGAUCUCUUGCCGGAUCCUAUGCACCACCAAACAGACCCGUGUCCACUCACGCUGGAAUCAACGCAGCACCCACCAAUCACGGAAGAUAUAACAGCAAGUACUUGCCAUAUGCUUUGCUCGAUUUCGAUAAGCUGCAGGUCUUCGUUGAUGCCGUGUCCGGCACACCAGAGAACCCUUUAUGGGCUGGUGAUAAUACCUCCUUCAAGUUUGAUGUGUCGCGAGUAUGUGAGCUCAGUGUUCAGUUGUAUCUGAGAAAUCCGGCGGCGAGACCGGGCGUCGGAAGAAGUGAAGAUAUCUUCCUCGGUGGUGCCCGAGUGACCCCCCGAUUUGAGGAAGUUCGUCAAUUUGUCCCGGAUCCGAAGAAGAGCAAGAAAGAAAAUGAAAAGGCCGAAGCAACGUUUGCCUCACAAGAGAAGCAAGCCGGCCAGCUCGGAACUGAAUGGCUGGACAUUCAAUUCGGGACUGGCUCGAUCAAGGUCGGAGUGAAUUACGUCGAAAACCGGCAAGGCAGUCUUAAGAUUGAUGAUUUCGAACUUCUCAAGGUUGUGGGACGAGGUAGCUUUGGUAAGGUCAUGCAGGUCAUGAAGAAAGAUACCGGUCGAAUCUACGCCCUCAAGACGAUACGAAAGGCACACAUCAUCUCUCGAUCUGAAGUGGCGCACACUCUGGCCGAACGCUCUGUCCUGGCACAAAUCAACAAUCCUUUCAUCACACCCCUCAAAUUUUCGUUCCAAUCACCCGACAAGCUCUAUUUCGUCCUGGCAUUUGUCAACGGUGGUGAAUUAUUCCACCAUCUUCAGAAGGAACAGCGCUUUGACAUCAACCGAUCGAGAUUUUACACGGCCGAAUUGUUGUGCGCGUUGGAGUGUCUUCAUGGUUUCAAAGUUAUCUACCGAGACUUGAAGCCGGAAAAUAUCCUUCUGGACUACACGGGUCACAUUGCUCUUUGCGAUUUCGGCUUGUGCAAGUUGGACAUGAAAGAUGAAGAUCGCACCAACACGUUCUGUGGGACACCAGAAUACUUGGCCCCCGAACUUCUACUUGGACACGGAUAUACCAAGACGGUGGACUGGUGGACUUUGGGUGUUUUGCUCUAUGAAAUGCUGACGGGAUUGCCGCCCUUCUACGAUGAAAACACCAACGAGAUGUACCGAAAAAUUCUUCAAGAUCCGUUACACUUCCCUGGCCCCGAAAUCGUACCUGCAGCAGCCAAGGAUCUUCUCCAAAAACUCCUGGACCGGAAUCCUGAACGCCGGCUGGGAGCUGGUGGAGCAGCCGAAAUCAAAGCUCACCACUUUUUUGCUGGCAUUGAUUGGAGAAAAUUGCUACAGAGAAAGUAUGAACCAAGCUUCAAGCCCAAUGUGGUUGAUGCAAGAGACACAGCCAACUUCGACAAAGAGUUCACGUCCGAGGUUCCCAAGGAUUCUUACGUCGAGGGACCAGUUCUGUCUCAGACCAUGCAACAGCAAUUCGCAGGUUGGUCAUACAAUCGGCCAGUUGCCGGACUGGGUGAUGCAGGUGGCAGUGUUAAGGAUCCCUCUUUUGACCGCAUUCAAUAG